AUGGUGCAGAAGCCAGUGAGAUGGCUUCCAAGCUUUUAUUCGAUUAUUUUUCCUCUUGGACGCUGCAUUUUCCCUUGUCACGGUGUUAGCCACGAUCAAAUCAUGCGUCUGUACGACUUCAAUUCCAAAAGGUUCCAAGGUUCAUUGCCGCUCAGUUCCGACGAUGAUUCUCUACACUUGGAUAUUCUGAAAGAAGCCUUGCUCAGAGCUAUCCAUGACAUUGAUGCAACAUUCACCAAGGCAUAG